AUGAGUACGACGGCCGCUUCCACUCUUGCCUACGAUCCCACUGGAGAUCGCUACGAUCCAGAUGAGGUACUACUUGCCCAGAAUAGCCCGUUGAUGAAGCCCUAUCACCCCCAGCUUGGGCCACCAACGAGCUCGCUGGACGAGUUUUCUUACCCCAAAGUCAGUCCUCCUUCCAGUCCGAGUAACAAAAGGUCUGAUCGUCGCUUCAAGUCCAAACCGAGUCAGGGUGAUGCCGUCUUGCUUCAUAUGCUUGACGGAGGGAGACGCCCAGAGAUUGCCAUCCAAGCCGGCCUCGAAGCCUUACCAUCAGAGCAUUCCGACAGCGACAGAGACGACUCCCUUGAGCCCGACACUGCUUCUUCCAUGGAUGGUAACGAAAUCAUUCAAAGCCCUCACUUCAACGGGGAAGACCACGAUGAUAUUGAACACCUCCACCUAAGCCUUCGACGUCGAAACAUGUCAGCCGAGCCUUCCAGGGAGAUCAACACCGGUGGUGGCUUUGACAGCCUACAGUCUCUUGCAGCCGGUGCCUUGGGCGUGGUUCAAAAUCUCAGCGCUCCCAGUGUCAAGCAAGAAGAGGCAGAUGCAGGUCCCACGCCGCCAAUCACCGAGCAUGAUACAGCGACGGUUCAAUCAACCAUAGCGGCGAGGCGUGCGGAGGCGGAUAUGGAUACAGACAGGUCAACCCAGCCUGCGAUGCUGACUCCGUAUAGUCCGCGAGGAAUUACCUUUUCACCCCGAGAGCCCGGAAGCAUACCCUCAAUUGCGUCACCUACGAACCCCCUGACACCCAAUAGUCUACCCGAAGGCUUACCGCCCAUCCAUCCGACCUCCCCAGUGUUUGAAGGAGCCUCACAGCAGACGCUUCCAUCCAUUAGGGAUUCUCUGGGGGUGGCGGAUCUCAAUCAACUGUCCCGUCCCAUAAUUGAGCGAAGUCCACUUCAACCUUAUCCCGGCUCUCCUCCAGGUUUUCCGACAAGUUUGUUGUCAUACACAAACCAUGCGUCGCCGCCACAAUCGGCCUCUGACCCAUACCGUCGGGAACCUGUUUCGCCGUACUUUUUCUCCCAAGGGAAUGGCCUACAACGGCCGCACGAUUAUGCCAGCGGUUCAGAACCCUCCGCCUCAGAUCAUUCACGCAGUCACAUGAAUGCCUCCGCAACAUCGCCCGGAUCAAUAGCCGACCGAAUGAGCAUCGAUGGCCUAACCAGCCACACGGGUACUUAUGUGUGCAAAUUCCAGGGCUGCAACGCCGCGCCGUUUCAGACGCAGUACUUGCUAAACUCACACGCCAAUGUUCACUCAUCCGCGCGACCUCAUUACUGUCCCGUACCAGGGUGUUCUCGAGGCGAAGGUGGAAGGGGAUUCAAGCGCAAGAACGAGAUGAUUCGGCAUGGAUUGGUGCAUGAUUCACCAGGCUACGUCUGCCCGUUCUGUCCCGACCGAGAGCACAAAUAUCCUCGUCCUGAUAACCUCCAAAGACAUGUGCGAGUACAUCAUACUGAUAAGGACAAGGACGAUCCCCUUUUGCGCGAAGUCCUUGCUCAGCGGCCUGACGGCCCUAGCCGUGGCCGGAGACGAAGAGGUGGGCCAAGCUGA